AUUCUCGGACGGCCUGGGCCCAGGACAGCACUCCCGUCCACCUUACCCCUUCUUCUUCUGAUGUUACACCCAGACCUGGCCAGCUUGGGUCGUGUGUAUGCACUUGUACUGCAACCAUCACCCUAGACCCUGGGUGCAUACAGGAAGUCAGGAGAACAUACGGUACGAGCAGGAGACACUGUUCUGCCUCAGAGUUGGACACCUUCUCCCUCUCCAUGUCGGAUUCCAACAUAACCGACUUCACCAACCCCUCCAUCUUCAUCCUGCUGGGCAUUCCUGGCCUGGAGGUGGCACAUGUCUGGAUCUCCAUCCCCUUCUGCACCAUGUACGCCAUAGCCAUCUUGGGGAACUGCAUCAUCCUGUUCAUUGUGAAGACAGAGCCGAGCCUCCAUGGGCCCAUGUACUAUUUCCUCUGCAUGCUGGCCAUCACCGACCUGGUCCUGUCCACGUCCAUCCUGCCCAAAAUGCUGAGCAUCUUCUGGUUCAAUUCCAGGGAGAUCGAUUUUAGUGCCUGCCUCACCCAGAUGUACUUCAUUCACUGCAUCUUAGGGAUGGAGUCUGGGAUCCUCGUAGCCAUGGCUUUGGAUCGCUAUGUGGCCAUCUGCCAUCCCCUGAGAUAUUCCAACAUCCUGACAAACCCCUUUGUGGCCAAGAUUGUCCUGGCCGUGGUGCUGCGUGGCGGCACGGUUGUACUGCCCUUCCCCAUCCUGGCUAGCCAGAGGCCAUAUUGCACAACCAACAUCAUCCCCAAGCCAUACUGCGUGCAUAUGGCCAUGGUGAAGCUGGCCUGCGCCGACACCCGCAUCAGUAGUUACUACGACCUCUUUGUGCAAUUCUGUGUGAACGGUCUGGAUAUGUUUUUUAUCGCCCUGUCCUAUAUCCAGAUCCUCAGGGCCAUCUUCAGCCUCCCCACAAAGGAUGCCCGGCUCAAGACUUUUGGGACCUGCAUCUCCCACCUCUUUGUUAUUUUAGCCUUUUACAUCCGUGGUCUCUUCUUCGCCCUCAUGUACCAGUUUAGCCAGAAUGUGCCUGGGCAUUUCUAUGCUCUCAUUGCCAAUGUAUAUCUCUUGCUUCCCCCCGUGCUAAACCCCAUCAUCUAUGGAGUUAGGACCAAACAGAUCCAGGACAGGCUGCUCCGGCUUUUUAUUCAUAAAGGGGCCUAA